GCCGAUGAGUUCAGACGUCAUUCUUUUGUUUUUUCGCUUGCUCUGCGCGUUUAUAAAAUGGAUAAAUUUCUCAAAAGAUCGCAGCCUUCAACAUCUGGUACGAGUAUCAAUAGCGGUGGUGGUGAAUCAAAUCCGAAAAAAAAUAGACAUUACGAUGACAGUUAUUUGAAAUACGGGUUCACAGUCAUAAAUAAUAAUCCUCAAUGUGUAAUUUGCGGCGAUGUUUUAUCAAGUGAGAGUAUGAAACCGUCAAAGCUUAUGCGGCAUCUCACAACCAAGCAUCAAAAAGAAGCUGAUAAGCCGUUGGAUUUCUUUGAACGAAAGUUGAAAGCUCUUAGUCAGCAGCAAAAUACUAUAAUUCAGGCAUCCAGUGUCAACGAGUCAACAUUAUUAGCUAGCUACAAAGUCGCAUAUCGAGUUGCUAAAUCAGGGAAACCACAUACAAUUGCCGAAAAUCUUAUUUUGCCAGCGGCACUCGAUAUGGUUGAAAUUAUGGUUAGUAAGCAGGAGGCAAACAAAUUACGAAAAGUACCACUUUCUGACAAUACUAUUUCACGCAGAAUAAACGAUAUGGCCAAGGAUAUUCAAGAACAAGUAGUCGAAAAAUUAAAGAAUAGCCAACAUUUUGCUUUGCAGUUCGAUGAAUCUACAGAUGUUUCCGACUGUGCACAGUUUGUAGUAUUUGUGCGCUUUGAAGCAGAUGACAGUAUUACGGAAGAAAUCUUAUUUUGCAAAGCACUUCCUGCAAACACUACUGGCCAGUGUUUGUACGAUAUGUUUUUAGAAAGCACUUGCCACUACGAUAUUGAUUGGAAAAAAUGUAUCGCUAUUUGUAGCGAUGGCGCUAAAGCUAUGACUGGCAAAAAUAGCGGACUCAUUGCAAAAUUAAAAUCGAUAAUACCAAACAUAUCCUGGACACACUGUUUUCUUCAUCGACAGGCUCUAUCUGCUAAGGUAGUACCUUCUGAUUUAAAUGACGUGCUCAAGGAGGUAAUAAAAAUUGUGAAUUCUAUCAAAGGUAAAGCUUUGCAAACCCGGCUAUUCAGAAUCGUUUGUGAAGAUAUGGGCUCGCUUCAUCAAAAUCUCCUUUAUCACACAGAGGUCAGGUGGCUAUCCAAAGGAAAGGUAUUGACAAGAGUUCUGGAACUGAGAGCUGAAUUGUUAAUGUUCUUACAAGAUGCAAAAUCAGAAUAUGCUUACUGUUUUUCUGACCCUAUUUGGCUCUUGAAAUUAGCAUUUUUGGCCGAUCCUUUUAGCCACCUUAACAAUUUGAACAAGAACCUUCAAGGAAGAGACGAAAAUAUUUUAACAGCUAAAGAUAAAACUUGCACUCUGAAGCUGACAAUGGGCGUAGAUGGAUUUUAA